AUGCGCACAGUACGUAUACGUUUUAGGUGGGUGGCGGGUAUGGAGGAGUUGACAAACCACGUUGUCUGCAGAAAAGGGGUGUCAAUCAAACUGGAGGGGCUGAAAAACAUAUGCGAUAAUAUACCACGUGGCACGCGUACCCGGAUCAAAUUGUUGCACGUGUUUCGCGACUUUGACACCGAGUUUGACGCGCUGUACGUCACGUGCGAUGAUAUGGUGUACGCGUUGGGCGCCAACCAAUACGGUUGCCUCGGGUUGGGACACAACCAACGGGUGGCGACUCCCCGACCGGUCCCGGAGUUAUGCCACCGGCGAGUCCAGUACUUUGCCAACGGGUUGUCCGCUGUGUUCGCCGUCACCGCCAGCGCCGCCGCCACCGCUGGUCACGACAUAUACAGCUGGGGUCACGACAUGUGGGGACAGUUGGGUCGGGAAACCCGUCCGGCGGGACUGAUGGCUCGCUGGUGGAGCGGUCGGGAACUAUAUUUAAAGCCCGGCAAAGUGACCGUGUGCGAUGAACUGUGGGUCAGCCAGAUCAGUUGCGGUUACAAUCAUACCAUGGUGCUCACCUGCGAUGGACACGUGUACGGCUGGGGCGACAACAGUGCCGGACAGAUCGGGUGCGGGGAGUGUCCUGUGCCGGGCGGCGGCAAUCAUUUUGUGCGUACGCCAGUGCGCGUCAAAUUUACCAAGUUGUUCACAAUAAAAUCCAUUUAUUGCUACGGGUUUACCUCGUUUGCCAUCACCGCCGCACCCGAGGGUCUGGUACUGAGUUGGGGUGACAACAGUGGCCGCCAAUUGGGCCACUCGGACAUCGGGACCGGUAAUGUCCGCAAACCGAGACUAGUCUCACAGGUGGCCGAUAUCCGGGCCGUGUAUUGCGCGUACAACACGACCUAUUUUCUGGCCAACUCGGGUACAGUGUAUUCGUGUAACCAAUUGUCCCGGACUAUUGUCGAGAUGAUUCCCGUACCCGAAGUGGCGCAUAGAGUGUUUGAACAGUUACCACGUUUGCACUCGUUUGUUGAUACGUACGAUAAGUUUGUGCCCGUUUUAAGUGAUGGUAAAGUAUGUAAAUAUGACUGCAAUCUGAUUGAAACAAAUUAUGGUUGUUUUGCCGACUUUUACGCCAAUGAAUACCGGAUUACUUACAAUACGUUGGAUCUGAUGCCCGAUUAUGACCGCAAUUCUUGUUGUAAUAAUAUUUUGAAUAGUGGAUUAAGUUUCGAUAGAUUUAAUAAUAAAAAUCAUGUUUUUAACGAUAAAUGGUAUGAAAAUAUUUAUCACCACUUAAUCCAUGUGUUGGCCGAACAGGCGGUUAAAGAGGCGUUCGGACUGUACUUCAAUUGAUCCGCGG